UCCUAUUCCACAUUAAUUAUAAGUGUCUAGAGAUACGUAGUGUAUUUUCCAAAAAUCGAUUUGCACUAUAUAUUUCUUUUAAUUAGUACAUAAGAACAUUUUGAAAUAAAAUUUUAUAAAACAUUUAAAUAGUAUUAAAUAAAUAAAAAUGACUAAGAUCACACAGAUUCCCAAAGAACUUUCAGGAAUCAUCCCCAAAUUCGACGGUGAUGAAAGUUUGUUAAAUCUUUUCAUUAGAAAAAGUGAAUAUGUUAUUAAAUUAAGUAGAGAAGCAGGUAAUUUAGAACAAGACCUAUAUAUAUUCCAAGUCAUUACAUCCAAACUAACAGGCAAAGCAGCAACAUUAAUAAGUGAAAGACCAGACAUUGCGACAUGGAAUGAACUUAAAUUAGCUUUCGAACAACAUUUCGGUGAUCCACGUUCCGAAGAAUGUAUCGCGAUUGAAUUAGAAACUUUAAAAAUUAACAAUGGCGAAUCUUAUCUUGAUUUUUGUAAUAGAAUACAGCAUAUUAAAAGUACACUAUUUGCCAAAGUAAACCGAAUUAGUGACGUAAAUCUGCGCAAGAGUAAAAUCACAAUUUACGAUCACAUGUCAAUGAACGUAUUUCUCUAUAAUUUACCAGAAGAUUUAUUACGCAUAGUGCGAUUAGAAGGAUGCAACUCACUUGAAAAUGCCCUAAGCAUUGUUUUAGAAGAAGUAAAUUUCUUAUAUCAGUACCAAACUAGAAAUAAAAUGCUUCGAUUAUCUAAUAACGCGCAACAAAAGCCGCAACUAAUCACACAAAAUCCUUUCAUAGACAAAAAUGUAAUGAAACCUUUCUUUUCUCAAAAUACACAACAAAGUAAUUUUAAAUUCGGAAUACCACAACAAGACAACUUACAAACGAAACCUAUUUACCAGGCGCAACAUUCACAGCCUAAUUUUAAAUUCGGUAUUCCACAUACACACACAACAUAUAACACGAAACCGAUAUAUCAAUCACAAACACAACCUAAAUUUAAAUUCGGAAUUACUCCAAGCAAGCAAGUUAGAUUACCUCAACAACAACCUGGAUAUAAACCCAACUUAAAUUCGCAACCUACUGGUUAUAGACCACCACCUCAUUUACUAAAACCACAAUUCCAACCCAAAACACAGACAACGGACGUUAGCAUGCGUACCGCACCCCCCAUUAAGCCUCAAGCUUUUCGCAUGAAUCAAUUGUACAACAUAAAAGACGACAUUCCUUAUGAUGAAAGUGAAUAUUACUUUGACGAGUAUAACGAAUAUUAUCCAGAGCAGUACCAAUUAGAACAAAAUGAUUACGAUGAAAAUAUAAAUUCUUAUAAUGAACAGGAUGAAUCUCUAUUAACAGAUGACGAAAAUUUUCCCAUGAAAGCCUCGAACAAAAACCCGAAAUAAUCCAUAUUAAUUAUUCUGACCCUAGAUUAAAA